AUGCUGCUGUUGCUGCUUCCGCCUCACCCCUCCCUCCUCCCGGGCGGGUCCGCGGUCUCCGCGCCGCGGCGCUUGAGGGCGAGGGCGGUGCGCAUGGAGCCUGACGACGGUGGCCAGGCUGUCUUCGACGACCUCGGCGAGAAGCAGGUAUACGGGCCGACCAAGCCCGCCCACGCGUGGCCAAAGCCGUGGACGAACCUCGAGACGCAGGAGCACGUGCAGGUGGUGAAGGCUGCGAGCGGACUGCUCCAGGAGCCGCUGCGGACCGACAUGGGGGACGACGAGAUCUUCGUCGGCAAGGACUCGAUCCACAUCCUCAAACACCACGGCUCGUACAUGCAGCAGGACCGCUCCCUCAAGGGCAAGGACAAGCAGCACUCGUACCAGUUCAUGCUGCGGCUCAAGAUGCCAUGCGGGGAGGCGCCUGCCAAACCUUGCCGCCGUCUUCAAAUCCUGCUCGCCGCCUUCCAGCUGCACGGUGUCCUCAAGGGCAACCUCAAGAGCGUGAUCGCCUCGAUUGCAAACAUCGGUUCAAACACGUAUGGCGGGUGCGGAGACAUCUCGCGCAAUGUGAUGACGCCUCCGGUGUCAUUCCCAAACAACCCGGCGUACGAGUACUGCGGCCAGUACGCGCGGGCCAUGGCCGAGCUCUUCAAGCCGAUGACGCAGGCCUUCUAUGAGAUCUGGCUCGACGGCCAGCCCGCCGACAAGACAGAGAGCAGCUCGGAGUCGACCUCGACGAGGUCGAACCUAGUGCGCACAGAGGACCGCGGCAACGGCAUCAUCACCGGGCACGCCGCACUCUUAGAUGCGGAAGUGGCACUCCCUGCCUUCCAAAGCAAGACGCUCAAGGGCUUCAACAUCGUCGUCGGCGGCGGCAUGGGCCGCACGCACAAGGCGGAGCAGACCUUUGCGCGCGCGGCGUCGCACCUCGGCUUUGCGCCCAAGGAGCACUUUUUCGAGGCGAUGAAGGCCAUCCUCGCGGUCCGCUCCAACGCGCGACUCAAGUACCUCGUCCACACGCUCGGCAUUGACGACUUCCGCACGCUGACCGAAAAGUACUACGGCCGCCGCUUCGAGCCGUGGGUGCCGCUGCCAGAGUGGAAGUACCUCGACUGGAUGGGCUGGCACGAACAGGCAAGGGGGGGGCCCGGGGCGAAAGGGGCGGCGGGAGCUCUAGGAGAGUGCCUGCUGGCUGGACCGCAGCGCGCUUCUCCCCCCUUUCACCCUCAGCCCCGUCCUCAGCGCCUAGACCGCACUCUAAGCCUCCACGCGCACGCGCACCCGCAGGGCGACGGCCGCUGGAUGCUCGGCGUCAACGUCGAGCAGGGCCGCUCGGUCGUGCUUCGCAACAUCGCCCACGCGGACCGCGAGAACCUCGAGAGCCUGCUCCGCUUCCACGGCGUCGAGACGGACGUCGCGCAAAUCGACCCGAUCACGCGCAAGUCGAUCGCCUGCCCUGCGUUUCCGCUCUGCGGCCUGGCCAUCACGGAGGCGGAGCGCGUGCAGCCGCAGAUCAACGCGCGGCUGUGGGCGCUGCUCUGCGAGAUGGGCCUCAGCAACACCGAUUUUGUCACCCGCACCACCGGCUGCCCCAACGGGUGCGCGCGGCCCUACAUGGCGGAGCUGGCCUUUGUUGGCUCCGGGCCAGACAUGUACCAAGUGUGGGUGGGAGGCCACCCGGCGCAGAGCGAGCGCACGGCCGUGGAGGUGCCCAGUCUCUUCAAGAUGAAGCUCGACGAUCUCGAGGCGACGAUGGAGCCGAUCUUCGCGAUGUACAAGACGCAGCGCCUCGCGGCGGACGAGGCGUUCGGCAACUUUUGCUACCGCGUCGGCGUGCCCGCCAUCGAGGAGUACAUCGCCAAGUACGAGCUUGGCAGCUGGAGGGCGAUGGGAGACCCGUUCGGGCCCGAGGCGGUGGCGACGGACGCGACGGUGGGCAUCACGAGCGACGUGCUCGCCAAGGUGGAGGAGGAGGCGAGCAAGCGCGGCUACGACGCGCCCACGCUCAUCGACGCGCUCCUGCGCGAGGCUCUAGCCAUCGAAUGA